AUGACGAAAUUAAUCUUAGAUCCCGGAGCUUUGGAUAUUGAAUUACCCGAUGCUUCAGUAUCUAACCUGUAUAGAAUCCGAAUCCUUGGACAAAUUAUUGAAUAUAUAGAUAAUGAAUCAAUAAUUAUUAUAAGGAGAAUACCUAAUUUACCAUGUAAAAACAAUGAGAAUUUAUUAGGAAUUAUAAAACUUAAUGUUACUAAUGCUAUGCCUAUUAAUGGAGAUUUAACUCAUAAAGGUAUGUUAAUAAAUGCUGAAGGAUUUUAUGAUGGAUCAACUAUUGAUAUAUUUCAUUGUUAUGGUUUAAAUGGAAGUGAUAUUAUUCCUGAUGAAAAUAUUAAUAUUUUACGACAAGUUAACGAAUUGAAGGGGUUUGAAUGA